UAAAUUGAGCGCGGCGUGAACUCACGAAUGUUAUCCGCAAUCCCUUAAAAAUGGGCUCGAAAUCGCUUUUAAACCUAAAAACCAUGUUAUAGAAUGUAUAAAACAAAUUAUUUAUAGCAAAAUUAUGUACGAAGCACGUUUAUAACGUUCGUUUCAUUGAAUAUUAACAUAGCUAGUGUUUUUUUUAUGUUCACCGAUGUUUUUCGGACUUUAAGAUGUUACUGGCCGCGGUGAUGGCGCGCAGCUGAGUCCAGUUCGAGAGCACGCCAGCACGCAAGAUGCGCUGGAUAUUUCCAGUACCAGUUCUUCUGAUGUCCUGGUUCGGAGUGGAGGAAGUAAAAGCGAACUCCUGCAUCCGAACCGCGUUAUGGGCACUAUGCCUCAGUCCCCUGGCUUCGGCCGAAUGUCAAACCCGCACGAUAUACUGCUACGAGUGCGACAGCUGGACGGACCCGCGGUGCAAGGACCCGUUCAACUACACGGCGCUGCCGCGCGACCAGCCGCCGCUGCAGACCUGCAACGGCUGCUGCGUCAAGAUGGUCCGCUACUCUAAGAGCCCGUACGAAGUGGUCCGGCGCACGUGCACUUCCCAGCUCCAAAUCAACCUGUUCAUGGUGGACCAUGUUUGCAUGAUGGAAAGUACAGGCACUGGCCACAUGUGUUUCUGCGAGGAGGACAUGUGUAACGCGGGCGCCGGCGCGCGCGCAGCGGCCUGGUUGCUCGCGCUUGCGGUUGCAUGUGCAUGGAGGUGAAGCGUAGUGAUGGGCGAGGUCGAUAAAUAAAGCUUAUUGGGUACUCGAAUAAAUGGUUAUCGAUAAAAUCGUUAGCUUCGGUACUUGACAUUUGGUCAUCAUAGUCCGAGAGCUUG